CCGGUAGAAUGUUCCGUUUUAAAACGUAAGCAUUGGAUUUUAGAAAGCUCUGCGUCGUCAUUUGACCUACUAUCGGAGGUGAUUGGUGUUGGCUGACAAACAAACAAAAGUCAUACUCUUAUCAAGUUGCUCAAAUCUCAACCGAAAAUGGCACUGCUUCCACCAGACCCGGUCUACUGUCUCAAGGCACCGAACCGUAAUAGCUCAUUCCAUUCGUUGUGCUUCCACACGUCCGAACGGCUUUAUGCCGGUACCGCCCAUGGAACCGUCCAGCUGUGGGAUCUGCAGACCAAUCGAUCAACGUAUCAGCUGUCGGUGGGCAAGAGUCCCAUCAUCGGCGUAGCGCACACCGAAGAUGCCUUGAUAACUCAGGAAAAGGAGGGCACCGUCAAGCUUUGGGAGCUAACCAACUCGGCGUACGUCCUCCGGCACGAAUCCGCCACCGAUCACGUCGGAUUUUGCCGUUUUGUGUUCCACAAAGAUGCUGUGAUAAUUCCCCGUGGGGAAUCGAACAUUUCCAUUCUCUGCGGUCAAACGUUUGCCGAGCGGCAACUCCUCAGUCCAGCCCAGGUGGACAGCAAGCUACCUCCUCUCGGGACGGUGAUGUGCCUCCUGCCGGUGGAGAUACAGGAGAAGCCUUACCUGCUGACCGCUUACGAGUCGGGAACGCUCGUACUCUGGGACCUGAACGGCUCGAAGCCGAUAAGCCAUCUGCGGGUGAGCGAAGACGAAUGCCUGAUGGCCAUGGAUUACGAUCCGUACACCAAUCGGGGCGUUUGCGGCGGAACGUCGGAUAAGAUUUUCGUCUUCUCGCUCGAUCGCCAAUCGAUGGAGAUUCGCAAAAAGUCUGAAAUAGCAAUCAAGAAUGCCGGCAUCAGCCGGUUGAAGAUCCGCAAGGACCUGAAGGUGUUUGUCAGCGCCGGACGGGACGGAAGGAUCCGCAUUUUCUCGUGGAAAAGUCUGAGGCCACUGGCCGUGCUGACCGAACACCGGGGUGAACUGCUGGACGUAAUCUACUCGGAAGAAAAGGUCUCGAUGUGGAAGGCUGUCAUCAUGGCUGCCGCCGGGGCGGAUGGACAAAUUUCGCUGUGGGAUCUGUACAACUGAUGGUCAUCCGACGCCGACGCAGCCGCCAUUGCCAGAGCAAUCGAAGGAGGAAAGCAAGGAUAAG